AUGGCACUCGAAGAAUAUUCUACCGAAUUUACUAGGAGCCUGAUUCAUCAGACAAUCGAGCUUCCAGUCCCAUGGUCAGCAUUCGUACAAUGCCUCGAAAGUCGACUCGGAAGAUACAAUGACGAUACAUUGAAAGCUGCAAAAACACUAAAACAACUGGAAGCUGCUGUUAAUGCUAUGCGUGGGGAUGAGCCGUUCAGUAUCUAUGCAAUCCAUGACCAUGGCGAGCUUUCUAGGCUGGCUGGAAGAAAUCAAAAUGCCAGACAAUACACCAUGGGAAAUUCUCGUAUUGCGACAAAGAUGACGGUACAUGAUAUUCGAGCAGCGCAACAUGCACCUAUCGUAAGUCUUAUUCACGAGGCCAAGCCCGGCUUUACGACUAUCGAAUUUGACUUAGCGGAAUCUGUGUUUGGUGGAUUGACUGAGGAGAACAAGGAGUGUCUUAAGGUUGCCAGAUUCAUUGAUGAGAUGAGAGUCCAAGUUUUCAAGAAGACUAAAAGCUGGUGGCUGGAAUUGUUGUUGGACAAUUCAAAAGAAGACGAGGACUCUAGCUAG